CGCUGCGUGAAGUGACUUCCGGCUUGUCAUUUAUUUUUCCUGGCUUCCCGUUUAUGUCAGAAAGUAGUUAACUUUUUAUUUUAACAUUUAGGGUUAUAAAAGUAGGAAGCUUAAUGUGUCAUAUUAUAAGCGUUUGAAAAUGCGAUGUGAAAAAUUCCGUGCUCUUCAAUUAAAGACGGAUCGUGACUGGACAUGGUGGACUUACGUUAGUUGAAAGCGUUUUUCAGGAAAAUCUGAUAUAACAUACAAACCAUGCCUACGAUGUGUCGUUAAACACGCAUUCAUACGACUCGUUGUAUGUGGAAAUCUCUGUUACGGUCAUCGUUCCUGGCAUGAUAUAUUACUUAAAAAAAACACCCCGUCAAUGUAAGAGAAAGCAAACUUGAUAUAUUACAGAUCUUGUUAUGUUAAAGUAAAAAUAACAAAACCGAUAGAUGGAUAGAAGGUGUUACUCCUGUGCCAGUAAAUUUACACUCUUCAAGAAAGAGCUCUCCUGCAAGAACUGCCUUCGCUCAACCUGCGCCGGGUGUCUUAAAUACACCAUUGCUGUCCCCAGAUGUGACAACACUUCCCAAAAAGUUUGUGGACGGUGCUAUGAAGAUCUAAAAAGUGAUGGGUCCAAGAACUCUGCUUCAAAAUGGUCUCCACCUGAAAACUAUAAGAAGCGUAUUGCUUCUCUAGAAACCAGACAGAAUGCAAGCAAGGAACCUGCACCCCCUAAAGUAAGCCAGAGUAGUUCUCUUUUUAGAGGCCUGAGUAAGGAAGACCAGGCCAUUGCUGAAAGACUGGAAAGACUAAAGAUGGAAACUAAACCCAAGUCAAUACCCUCAGUAAAAGAAAUAGAGACUCGACUUGCGGGCAUCAAAAAUGAUCCACAGAAACCCAUUCCUUCAGUAUCUGAUAUAUACAACAGGCUAUCAGCCCUACAGGGGAAGACACAGCCAACAGAGACGCCAAAACCACCUCAGCAGCGUCCAGACCUGACAACACAAACUGAACAGGUCAACAGUCUGAUAACCCAGAUGACUGAGGAAAUAGAAAUUGACAGCAACACUGAACCCCAGUCACAGUCAGAAGGCAGUGACAGCCAGUUAAACAACUUGAAUAAAGGUAGUGACUUUCUGGAGGAAAAUCUUGAUGCUCAGGAAAAUGAAAAGCAGCUGGAAGAAGAAAAGAGCAGAAUUCUGGAGGAAGCAAUGGCAGAGCUGAAACAAGACAAUAUCCAUCAGGAGCAAGUUUUGCAGAUGGCUAGGAGGCUAGCUUGCCUUAAAGGAGAGGACCCCAAUUCAGUUUCUGCAGUAAAUUAUAAACCACCAGACAGUGAUGAAGAAACGGAGGAAGAGGCUGUGCAACGAAUUCUAAAGCAGUUGUCUGAAGAAGCACAAUUAGAUGAGGCCAGCAACUACAACAUUCCUCCUGAAUGUAGUGCAAGUUUGCAGAAGCCAAAAGUGAAGAAGACGCUGUCUCCUGCAAUUACAAAGAAGUCUGUUGGUGCACAUGACAGUGAUGAUGAAGAGCUGCCAUGGUGCUGCAUCUGUAAUCAUGAUGCUACAAUUCGUUGUCUCUCCUGUGAUGAUGAUCUUUACUGCUCCAGAUGUUUCAGGGAAGGGCAUGACGCGUUUGAUAGAAAAGAGCAUAAAAUAACACGUUAUCAGCCUCCAAAGAAACCGAAGUAACUGUGGAAGAGUCUUUGCAGUCGGUUAGUGAAAGGACAGCCGCAAGACAAAAGUGCAACUAGUCCCGCAGACUUGAAGGAUUUGAGAGCUGAAGAUUUAAUGAAGAAAAAACACUUUGGUAACUGGUGUGAUAAUAUAAAUUGUUAUGAAGCUGCCAAUAAUCCUACUGGGGAUGGCUUUGUAUGUCCCCAGAAUGUUUGUUAUUAUAUUGAUUGAUUUAUUGCACUUACAAAUACAGAUUAUCAAAGGCUCCAUAAAGGACAGCGGUACGUGAGAAACUGUGUGAAAAUGUGCGUUAUUUUAAUAUUUGGGGGCUUGUGUAUCAAAGUGCAAGCAGGGGGUGUAUGCUGUCUGUCAAGAAUAUUAUUAAUUAUUGCCAAAAGCAGAAGUUACUAUUGUGUAUGAAAGUGAGGUUUUCAUUCUAACAAAUUUAUAUAUUUCUCUCUCUUAAAAGUACUAUGCACUACAAAGCAUAUUUAAUGCUUCUCUAUCCAUAUCUUAAAUUAGCUUCACUUUCAUAUGCAAAGAAAGAUGUUGCUGGUGUAGGGAAUGCAAAUCUGUCAAAAAUUAGUUUGCAGUCUAAUCUAGAACUCUGAUUCGAUUCUACUGAGGGACUUUUCUACUUAGGUCUAUAAACUAAAAAUGUAUUUUUGUGAGAAAAUACAGACUUUGUAUACCAUGCGUCCUCUGCUAUGGAAAUAAAGUAAUGCAUUACAUGCCUAAAAGAAGCAGA